UUUUGGCCUCGUUACUGCAGUUUCCCUCCUCGUUGUGUAACGAAAAGCCGCAGUUUCGGAAAAAGAACAUUUCAAUCUAUUCCAGUUUAGAGACGUCGACCCAAUUUACACCCAUAUUGUGACUGGAUCAAAAGACACGUAUUGUAUUGAACAUAAUCUUAUUUACGCAGACAUAUGCAGUCCUGCUAGCAGGAGAAGAUGUUCAACAAGUCAUUUGGUGCUCCUUUCGGGGGAGGGACCGGAGGAUUUGGAACUUCAUCCACGUUUGGACAACAAAACACUGGCUUUGGGGCGACGACAGGUGGCUUCGGGGCCUCAGCAUUUGGGGCGACCAACAACACUGGAGGACUCUUUGGUGCGACGCAGAAUAAACCAGUGGUGACGGCCAAUCCUCAACAAAUCCACACUGGUGCAGGUAGAGGAGGUGGCCUGUUUGGUUCCAGUACGUUCAGCCAGCCCGUAACGUCGUCCACCAGUAGCGGCUUUGGGUUUGGCACGGCCAGCGGCACGUCCACUAGCCUGUUCGGCAGCACCAACACGGGCGGCGGCGGAGGACUCUUCUCCCAGCAGAGCAAUGCUUUCGGAGCCGCCAAACCAGCCUCCUUUGGCACGUUUGGCACGAGCACAGCCAACACCGGGGGGCUGUUUGGGGCGACCAACUCCAACCCCUUCGGAGGGGCGUCUGCCUCCCUGUUCGGAGCUUCAGGGUUCACCCAGCAAGCCGCUCAGCCAGGCACCACUGUCAAGUUCAACCCUGCAACAGGAAGUGACACCAUGGUGAAAGGGGGUGUGACCACGAGCAUUAACACCAAGCACCAGUGCAUCACGGCCAUGAAGGAGUACGAGAACAAGUCACUGGAGGAGCUGAGGUUGGAGGACUACCAGGCAGGAAGGAAGGGCCCCACUAACCCCAUGGCUGCACCAACGGGGGGUCUCUUUGGGACUGCGGCCGCAGCUACCCCCAGUACGGGGGCUGCAGGGCUGUUUGGCUCCUCGGCCACCAACACAGGAUUUUCCUUCGGCCAGGCCAAAACCAACUUCGGCACCAGUACUGGUGGGUUUGGUACAGCCACAGGCAGUCUGUUUGGCCAGCAGCAACAGCCCCAGCAGGCCCAGCAGGCAGCCAGCCUGUUCAAGCCCUUCGGUCAGACCACAACCACACCCAACACAGGAUUCUCCUUCGGCAACACCAGCACCAUGGGCCAGCCCCAACAAACCAGCACCAUGGGGGGUCUGUUUGGGAGCACCGCGGCGUCCCAGGCAGGGGGGUUGUUUGGAAACACAGCUCAGACCACACCAGCCACAGGCUUUGGGACAGGCACCGGUCUCUUUGGACAAACCAACACCGCCUUCGGGAACGUCGGCACACAGCAGAGCUUGUUUGGUAAUAAGACGGCAGGGUUUGGCGCCACCACCACCAGCGCCUCGUCGUUUGGCACAGGCACCGGCCUCUUUGGUAACAAAUCCGCCCUCACCCUCGGAACCGGCACCAACCCAUCUAACUUUGGUUUUGGACCCACUGCUGCUGGCGGAAGCCUCUUUGGGAACAAGACGGCAGCAGGAGGACUGGGGACCGGGCUGGGAGCUGGCUUUGGAGCAGCGGUGGGCACUGGGCAGAUGUCUCUGUUUGGGAAUAACAAGACACUGGGUUCCACUCUGGGAACAAUAGGAGCGUUCGGACCGCAGGGAUUCAGCACAGGAACCAGCACUCUGGGCUUCGGGGCACAACAACAGCCUGUUGCGCUGACGGACCCUAACGCGGCGGCGGCCCAGCAGGCAGUGCUGCAGCAGCAGAUCAAUGCUCUGGCCUACUCCCCCUUUGGUGACUCCCCCCUCUUCAGAAACCCCCUCUCUGACCCCAAAAAGAAGGAGGAGCGUCUAAAGCCCACCAAUCCGGCAGCCCAGAAGGCGUUGACCACGCCCACUCACUACAAGCUGACGCCGCGGCCUGCGACACGUGUGCGGCCCAAAGCUCUUACAUCUUCGGGCUCCUCCAAGUCUCAGCUGUUUGACGGGCUGGAUGAUGACGAGCCUUCUCUCACCAAUGGAGCCUUCAUGCCCAGGAAGAGCAUCAAGAAGCUGGUGCUGAAGAACCUGAAUGGCAGCAGCCUGUACAGCAGCCCAAUCAACAGAGACACAGAUGACCUGGCAUCUCCACCGGAGUACCCCCUCAAUGGACUCAGUGCCAGUGUGGACGAGGAUGAUUAUGUGAGGGAGGUGGUGGAGGGAGGGGCAGAGGAUGACCUGGAGAUCAACAAGUUCUACACCAAGCCCAGCCUGCAGGACACCAUCUCAGAGCUCAAUGCCCAUAGGGUGGGGGCCAGGGGCAGGAAUGGCCUGGAGGUGAGCAGCGAGGACAUAUCGCUGGGAGAGGACUCCAUACAGGAGGAGCGAGAGGAGGAGGUGCAGGAGGUUCCCCCACACCCUGCAGGUAUCGUUCUGUGCCGUGUGGGCUACUAUACCAUCCCCGCCAUGGACGAGCUGGCCAAGAUGGUGGACGAGAACGGCGUGUGUGUGGUGGAGAACUUCACCGUGGGCAGAAAAGGUUACGGCUCAGUGUUUUUCCAUGGCGAGGUGAAUGUGACUGGGCUGAACCUGGAUGAGAUUGUUCACUUCAGACGCAAAGAGGUUAUCGUCUACCCCGACGACAAGAACAAGCCUGCUGAGGGGGAGGGGCUCAACAGGCGAGCGGAGGUGACUCUGGAUGGGGUUUGGCCUAAUGAUAAGACCACUUGUACUCAGAUAAAGAACCCUGAGCGUCUGUCUGAGAUGAACUACGAGGGCCGUCUGGAGAACGCCUCACGCAAACAGGGUGCCCGCUUCCUUGAGUACCGCCCCGAGACCGGCUCCUGGGUGUUUGAAGUGGCCCACUUCUCUAAGUAUGGCCUGCAGGACUCUGAUGAGGAUGAGGAAGUGCCUCUCAAAGUGGACCCCAAGAAGCUGAAGACGGCCACAACACUUCCCCCGGGGCUGCAGCAGCUUCCUCCCUCCCAGCAGCAGGUGGCGCCACAGGCUCAGUCCACGGCUGUGCUGGAGCUGUUGAGCCGCAUGUCUGAGGUGGACAGUGACAUGGCCGACAUUACCCAGGAUGCCCCAGGGGAGAGCAUGUUGGAGGAGGUUGGGGAGAGCGGCAUGGGGGAGGAUAAGGGCAGUCGGCUGGGUACUGUGACCCCCACAGAACACAACCCUGUCUCUGCAUCCAGUCAGAUUGCCUCCUCGAUGGGAAUCAACCCUCACACUCUCCAGAUCAUGAAGGCAUCUCUUUUUGCUGAGGAUGAUGAUGGUGACAUGUUCCUUGAACAGGGAGGGAUCAAGAGCUCUCUAGACAGGGCCUCCCCUCGCAUCCUCCUGCCUGGCACUCAGGGCAGGCCCUCCAUCGGUGGUCUCUUGCAGACUCGUUUCAGCGGGGCAGGUCUCUUCCCUCAGCUCCCUGACGUGCCCUUUGGAGGGGGCCUUCCCGGGAGGCUGUCCCUGUCUCGGCCGUCCGCGGUGGUUCCUGAGCCCUCGCGGCUCUCCCCCUGGCCCUCACUGGGGCCCUCUUUCCUGCUGCCGGCCCCAGCGGCAGAGGCCACUGUACGGACGGUGGGGGCUCGGCGCCUGGGGGGCCCUGUGGCCCCAGAGAACUCAGUCACACUGGGGAAGGGUCGUCUGCUGAUGGAUGCAGCUCUGUUCACGGGCCGGUCGUUCCGGGUUGGCUGGGGUCCAGGCUGGACUCUGGUCCACUGUGGAGACAGGCUGAGUGGGGCUGGGGACAAGGAACAGGACCAGGGAGACACUGGAGGUUUUGGAUUUUUUCCUAAACAUGCCAAGAGCAAACGACUCUCAGACAGUCCGUUCAAGGUGGUGAUCGAGCAGGUGGUUGGUCUGGAGCCGCGGGACAGUGAGGAGAGCCAGGCGGUGUACCAGCGGCCCCUGGAGAUUGGCCUGAAGCACAGCACCAUCAGUACAGAGGGGGCCUGCCCCUUCAUCCAGCCCCAGAGUGGGGUGGCCGCCUUGCACGAGUACGUGGAGUGGAUUACUGACCUCAACCAGGAGGCUGGUGCCGGAGACGGGGUCCUGGCUCACUGGGCUCUGGUGUGGACUCUGUGUGAGGCCCUGUGGGGUCGGCUGGGUACGACAGAGCCAGAGCCUGGUACCAGCGGCUACCUGCAGCAGCUGGAGAGGAGGAGGAGCUUCUCAGCCUGGUUGUCCCACAGCGCCACCCAGAGGAUCGAGCAGGAGGUGGGCCUAAGCCAUGGGGGAGGACAUGUGGAGGCCAUCUUCAGCUACCUCACUGGACACCGCAUCAGUGACGCCUGCAGGCUGGCUCAGAAGAGUGGGGACCACCGCCUCUCCCUGCUGCUGUCCCAGGCGGUGGGCUCUCAGUACGGCCGGGAGCUGCUGGCGCUGCAGCUUGGAGAUUGGAACAGAAUGCAGACCGACUCAUUUCUGCAGGAGGAGAGGCUACGCAUCUUCGCCCUGCUCGCCGGGAAACCUGUGUGGCAGUCUACAGACUGUGUGGUGAACGUGUGUUCAGAGCUGGACUGGAAGCGUUGCGUGGCGGUUCACCUGUGGUACAUGCUUCCUCCCACUGCCUCCAUCGCUGACGCCCUGGCCAAGUACGAAGCCGCCUUCCAGGGCUCUGCAGAGGGUCAGAAGUAUGCCUGCGCCCCCCUGCCCCCCUACCUUGACCAAUCAGUCCCGCUGGACAUGGAGGAAGAAGAGUCUAAACGGCCACUCUACGACAUCUGUUUCCACCUGCUCAAACUAUACAGCGACAGACACUACAGCCUGCAGGAGUUGUUGGACCCGCUGACGGUGACGUGGGAGCGUCUGGACUACCGCCUGAGCUGGCACCUGUGGUCGGUCCUGCAGGCGCUGCACUACACACACCUGAGCCCCGCCCGACAGGGCCUCAUACACACCAGCUACGCUGCCCAGCUGGAGAGCGCUGGCCUCUGGGACAUGGCCAUCUAUGUACUGCUGCACAUAUCUGAGGACAUGCUCCGUGAGCGUGCGGUGAGGGAGAUGCUCCAGCUGCACUGCCCUUUGCUGGAGACGGAGGAGUCAGCCCAGAAAGAGCGCUUCCUCACAGAAAGACUAUUGAUCCCAGAACAGUGGCUCCACCUGGCCAAAGCUACUAGAGCCAGAAGAGAGACAGACAGACACAGAGAGGCCCUGCACCUGUACAGAGCAGGCCACUGGAACCUCUGCCACAGGCUGGUCAUACAACACCUAGCCUCAGGUGUGUAUACGCGCGCACGCGCACACACACACACACACACCUCUAACCCUAUUCAACCUGUAUGUGUUUCCCCUAUAGAUUGUAUCAUUAAUGAUAACCAUGAGUACCUGUUGGAGUUCUUGGAGGGGCUGGCUGUUCCAGAGCGCUGUGCUGUGAUCCAGGACUGGGACACGGCAGGCAGAGUCUACCUGGACUACAUCAGAGUCAUACAGACCUUACACGCCAUACAACAGAUGGACAGUGCUGGUUAUAAGCUGGAACGUCUACACACCGAGGUGACGUCACUCUGCAGCAGGAUAGAGCUCCUCCCUUGCUCUUCCGCCAAGGACCGCCUCGCCCAAUCAGAGAUGGCCAAGCGCGUGGCUAACAUCCUGCGUGUGGUGUUGAGUCUGCAGCAGGGUGGUGAGGGUGGCGAGAUCCCCUUGUCCCAGCUAGCGCCCCACAUCGGCCGUCUGCCCAUGCCUGAGGACUAUGCCCUCGAGGAGCUCCGCAGCCUCACCCAAUCAUACCUGAGACAGCUCAUUGUCAGCUAAUGAUCUUCCCCUGAACCUUCAGCCCCCCGCCCAAUAGGAACUGAGGUAGUUUGUUGGGAGCCAAUGAGAACAGUGGGGGUAGGAGGGGACUAUCUGGCACUGUUUAGUAGGACUACUGGGGUUGAUUGAGAUGGGAGGGGAAGUUUGGUUGAGAAGGCAGCGAUGGACUUGCAGUGCUCCUUUGGAGCUUUGGUUUCUCCUGAAGAAAAUGGCACAAAAUAAUUGGAUGAAGCAUUCCUCCGUGUGUGUUUGUGUGUGUUUGGAAAUGAAUGACUUGCAAGUUGUUUUCUUUCAUUGUUUUUGUAUAGCUUUUUUGUACUUAGGAGGCCUGAGAUGUGUGUAUGAUGUGCAUUUAAAUAUUAAACUGCUGAACCAUCCUGAUGAGAGCUCUCUUCUCCCAACCUUUGACCCUGUUUAAAGGGACACUCACUCACUGGCUGGUUUUAACGCUGUCAUUCUGCAAUUCAUAUUUCCAGUAUAAAUACUAUAUGCAAACUACGUGUUUGUUUGACUCCUACAUCCCCAUGGAAACGGAAAGUUUAAUUUAGUGAAGAUUGUUUACCUGGAUUUUGUUAGUGAGCGGAAUCGCACUCACCUGAUGAACUCUCAAUAUGUCUAUACAUAGGGAAGAUCUAUCUAGCUUAAAACGUUGACUCAUUUUAGUGAUGUAAUCUUGUACAAACAGCCUGCUUGAAGUGAACAACUUGUUUUUGCGUACCAAAAGAGAAUGUAAAAUGAGAUUGGAUAAACUUCUAUUUUUGUAUUUUAUUUUUGGGGGCUGAAAACGAGUCUAUUGAAAUGGAGAUGGUUAGAUUCCAUUCUCUAUCUCAAAUAUAUGGUUUCAUAUUUCUAUUGUAUGGGGGACUACCAGAGCUAUGUUUGUUCCUUGGUGUUGCUAGGUUUUUUAUUUUUCUUGUAAUCAGCCAGUCUGGACAGUUUCUCUGUGGUCCUUGCAAGGAGUUUGAUUUAAAAAAUAUAUUUCAAAUAUAAUUUACAAUUCCUUGGGGUCCUUGGUCUCACCUUCACUCACACCCUCCAUUCCCCCUUACCCCCGGUUUUUCUGUUUUUUGAUGUUUAAAGUGAAACUGAUGUAUGUAGUUAUUGUUUGGUGUGUGCUGCCGCAGUAUGCUUGGCGGGAGACCGCUCCCCGCGCGCACAGUGCCUUUCACGAGGAGGGUCUCCGGUCCGCUACUGUGCAUGAUUGUGAUGACGGUGAUAACGUUUUUAUUAAAGUCUGAAUAAAAUGUUUGUCCUGAA